AUGUCGAGGCUCUGCGCAAAGCGGAAAGACCGGGAACCUGAGCGGUACGGCUGUCCACACUCUCCUUUCUCGGGCUCGUACUUUACAGUGCACCCCGGAUGGACCGAGACAAAUGACCCUUCGUCUGUCACACCUACAGCAAACAAACCUGACGGUGCAGAUGUCCACGCGUUCUACAAACCUUUCUCCCAGCUCUAUCCGGAUUUUACUGCGCAGACAGUCAACACGGUGCAGGUCAAGACAAAAGUCAAAACACGCGUAAAGCAACAAGAAAAUGCUGCCUCUAUCGCCGAAGUCGACAUACGAGAACAACCUAACCCUCCCAGAUCCCACCACAGCUUUCCCGUCGAUGCUCACGCACUGAGGCUCUUCAAAGUAUUGUUCUUUACCCCUUCUACGAUUUCCACGCCUGGUGAAAUCGCAUGGAAUGCCUUUUUGUACACGAUGAGGUCGGUUGGCUUCGCGGUCACAAAACUUUGCUUGCCUGCUUGGCAGUUCGAGUCAAAUAAACUGGACAUCUACAGAGAUAUCCAGUUCCAUGAAUCGCAUUCCUAG